GCGAUACUUCCAUUCUUCUCCAAACAGUCUCGCCCUCCCGCGAUUACAGGUGGUGUGUGGCCUCUCUGUUAUUGUCUCUCUGCGCUCUCCCAAACCCUCGAAUCCGUCGAAUCUAAUCCAACCACAUCUCUCCCUCUUUUGCAUCUCUGGAUUUCUCAGAUUUUAGGGUUUCGUUCUGCCUCGAUCGCCUCUCCUUCGUCUAGGGAUUUUCUGAGUCCUCCAUUGAGGGUUCGCCGGGGCGGUAGGGUUUCCGGCUUCGCGGAUCUGAUUUUUGAGAGUGAUUUUGUUGACCAAUUCACGAUGUUCUGGCGCAUGGCGGGAUUGUCCACUGCGUCUCCCGUGGAGACGAUUUUGGACAAGGAAAAUUUCACUUUGGAGGAGCUUCUUGAUGAGGAUGAAAUAAUUCAAGAAUGCAAAGCUCUUAAUGGGCGCCUUAUCAAUUUUUUGCGGGAAAGAGCUCAGGUUGAACAGCUUAUUCGGUAUAUUGUGGAAGAAGCUCCUGAGGAUGCUGAAAAGAAGCGAACCUUUAAGUUUCCUUUUAUUGCUUGCGAGAUCUUCACUUGUGAAGUUGAUAUCAUACUCAAAACAUUGGUAGAGGAUGAGGAGUUGAUGAACUUGUUAUUCUCCUUUUUGGAACCAAAACACUCCCAUAGCACUUUACUGGCCGGGUACUUCAGCAAGGUUGUUAUAUGCCUGUUAUUGCGGAAGACAGUUCCCUUAAUGCAUUACAUUCAAGUUCAUCAGGAAAUUUUCAGGCAGAUGGUUGAUCUUAUUGGAAUCACAUCCAUUAUGGAGGUUUUAAUACGUCUUAUUGGUGCUGAUGAACAUAUGUUUACAAACAACAUGGAGGCAAUGCAAUGGUUAGAUAGUACGGAUGUGCUAGAGAUGAUUGUGGAUAAGUUCAGCUCUUCGGAUUGUCCUGAAGUCCAUGCUAAUGCAGCAGAAACACUAUGUUCUAUAACUCGAUAUGCUCCUCCUGGCCUUGCCAGUAAAAUCUCCAGCCCAAGUUUUAUAGGAAGAUUAUUUCGUCAUGCUUUGGAGGACUCACGGCCUAAAUCUGUUUUAGUUAACUCUUUGUCUGUAUGCAUAUCUUUAUUAGACCCUAAGAGGCUAACCUUGGGAACUUAUCAUAUGUACAACCGCCAACUAACUCAUGGAUCCACAAUAACUGCUAACCCAGAGACAGUUGAAGGCAUGCUGGAAAGCCUAGGUGAUUUGCUCAAGCUUUUAGAUGUUUCAUCUGAGGAGAGUCUCUUGCUAACUACUUAUGGAAAGUUGCAGCCACCUCUUGGAAAGCACCGUCUGAAGAUUGUAGAGUUCAUUUCAGUUUUACCAACAAUUGGUAGCGAAGCUGCCGAGAAGGAAUUGAUUCGUCUAGGUGCAAUACAGCAAAUUUUAGACUUGUUUUUCAAGUACCCAUACAAUAAUUUUAUGCAUCACCACGUAGAGAACAUUAUAGUAUCAUGCUUGGAGAGCAAGAAUCGUCCUCUUAUUGAGCAUCUUCUUCGUGAAUGUAAUCUUGUUGGGAAAAUACUUGAAGCUGAAAAGAAUUAUACAUUGUCGGAUGAUCUAAACAAGCCAACUGUUCCUGCUGAAGGAAGGACACCCCCCAGAAUAGGAAAUAUCGGACACUUAACACGUAUAUCUAACAAACUUGUUCAACUGGGGAGCAGCAACACCGAAAUUGAGGCAUAUCUGAAGGAAAACAGUGAAUGGGUGGAUUUUCAUGGAACGGUACUCCUGAAGCGCAAUGCAGUAGAAAAUGUAUACCAGUGGGCCUGUGGGAGACCUACAGCUCUACAGGAUCGAACUAGGGAUAGUGAUGAUGAUGAUUAUCAAGACAGAGAUUAUGAUGUUGCAGCUCUAGCAAAUAACUUGAGUCAGGCAUUCCGAUAUGGCAUUUAUAGUAAUGAUGAUAUGGAUGAGACUCAUGGCCAACUUGAACGGGAUGAUGAGGAUGUCUACUUUGAUGAUGAAUCGGCUGAAGUUGUCAUAUCUUCUCUGCGAUUGGGAGAUGAUCAGGAGAGCUCUCUUUUUACAAACUCCAACUGGUUUGCCUUUGAGGAUGACAGAAUUGCCAAUGAGCGCUCCACUGGCUCGCUUGCUUCUCCAUCACCUAAUACUGAGACUGGUCUUACCAACAGUGGUGGAAAUGAUGAAGUGAUUGUUGGUGAAGAUGAUGAGUUGGAUGAUACAGCAACAUCAUCUCCAUUGCCAGAAGUAAAACCACACGAAUCCACACAGAACAACCCAUCUGAUGAUUUAAAAGAAAUAGGACCUGAUGAAAGUGAUAAACCACCUGAGUGGGUUGAAUGGAGGGAGACUUCAGAUUCCAGCAAUCCAUCUGAUGUGGAUAAACCUCUGGUUCUACCCAAUGGGGAGCUUCAAUCAGGACAUGAAAGUAAUGAGAUUGUUCCAGACACAACUGAGCCUUCUCCUUCGGUCAUUGAUGAAUUGGUGAAUAAUGGCAAUGCUGCUGGGGCAUUACCAGAAUCAAUGGAGGCGGAUCCAAGUUCCAACCUUCCUAAGCUGUCUGAAUCAUCAGGUGAUGAGAAUAUGAACUUAGACCCAACUACCUCUCAGGAUGUAGAGAUGGCUGACGGAACAGAAGGCACUCCUGUAGCCACAGAACAUGAGAAGAGGGAUAUGGCUGAAGAGGUCGGGAAUUAAUGUAAAUUCUCAAGGAUCAGUUUAUGGGGCUAACUCACUUUAUGCCAUUGAGCAGGUGGGACAUUCUGGAUGCAUUGUUGGUUGGCAAGUCUAUUAUGUAUUUUUAGAGCCUUUGUACAUCGAUAAUGGGGCUUUAUUGUCAAAUAGGGCUGAUGAUUCUUUCCCUCCCACCCGUAAAAAAACUGAGUGCUCUCUUCUCCCAACAAUGAGGAUAAGCAAAAGAACAGGUUCUUAUUGGGAAGCAUUUUUCUUUUCUUUUCCUUGUUUUUUUCAAAUCCUUAUCUAGCAAGUAAUUCAGCAAUUUCAUUACCUUUUAGCCUCUCUCAUUAGGUGAAUCACAGACAGGAACUUGUCAUGUGGCACAUGCAUUAUUAUCUAUCCUGUUUAUGUUCUACGCUUCUCGCCAGGAAUGCCAAAAAUUGUUGAUUAUAAGGCAUUUGUUAAUCUUCCAAUCUCGGAAAAGCGCCACCGAAGGAAAUCAUGUUAGUCUUCCAACCUUCCUGAGCAAGAACAUGGUUUUAAGGGAUAUUUGAUUAUAAGAACGAUUAUUUAUUCA